UCUGUGAGCUUCCUCUGAGCUGAGGAUGACGAGGACGUCUGUGGUUCUCCGUCAGAUCUGUCGGUGAUUUUUCUUUGGGACCAUUUUUCACUUUUUAACAAACACGUGGACUCGCUGUGAGCCGACACGUCCGUCCGCGGCUUCCUCUCCACAGAUCUUAGCAUUGUUGUCUUCUGUUUUUUAACUGGCUGUCCUAAAAUGUCUCUAACUGUAGCUGACCUGACCCGCGGAGCGAUGACUGAGUUCCAGGAGAAGCUGCGUCAGCAGCACGAGGAGUCGAUGCACCGCGAGCUGGAGGCGCUGCUCGCCACCGCCAACCAGGCCGAGGCUCAGAUCUCCAGAAAAGAUUUCGAUGGCUUCAAGAAGAUCUUCCACAGAUUCCUGCAGGUCAAAGGUCCGGCAGUCGACUGGGCCAAGAUCAACCGGCCGCCGGAGGACUCGAUCCAGCCCUAUGAAAAGAUCAAGAUGAAGGGUCUUCCUGAAAACAUCGCCGCCAGUCUCAACAAGCUCGCUGUGGUCAAACUGAACGGCGGUCUGGGAACCAGUAUGGGCUGUAAGGGCCCCAAGAGUCUGAUCAGCGUCCGCAACGAGAACACCUUCCUGGACCUGACCGUCCAGCAGAUCGAGCAUCUGAACAAAACCUUUAACGCCGACGUGCCGCUGGUCCUCAUGAACUCCUUCAACACCGACGAGGACACGAAGAAGAUCCUGCAGAAAUACAAACACCACCGCGUCAAGAUCCACACCUUCAACCAGAGCAGGUAUCCAAGGAUCAACAAAGAGUCGCUGCUGCCGAUUGCCAAAAACAUGGGGAUGAACGGCGAGAACGGCGAGGCGUGGUACCCCCCGGGGCACGGAGACGUCUACGCCAGCUUCGCCAACUGCGGCCUGCUGGACCGACUGCUCGCCGAGGGCAAGGAGUACAUCUUCGUGUCCAACAUCGACAACCUGGGCGCCACCGUCGACCUCUUCAUUCUGCAGCACCUGAUGAGCCAGCCGGCCGACCGGCGCUGCGAGUUCAUCAUGGAGGUCACCGACAAAACCAGAGCGGACGUCAAGGGUGGGACGCUGAUCCAGUACGAGAAUCACCUGAGGCUGCUGGAGAUCGCGCAGGUGCCGAAGGCCCACGUCGACGAGUUCAAGUCCGUCACCAAGUUCAAGAUCUUCAACACCAACAACCUGUGGAUCUCUCUGCCCGCCAUCAAGAGGCUGCAGGACGAGAACGCCAUGGAGCUGGAGAUCAUCGUCAACCCAAAGACGCUGGACGGCGGUCUGAACGUCAUCCAGCUGGAGACGGCCGUGGGCGCCGCCAUCAAGAGCUUCAACAACGCGCUGGGUGUGAACGUCCCGCGCAGCCGCUUUCUGCCGGUGAAGACGUCGUCCGACCUGCUGCUGGUGAUGUCCAACCUGUACAGCCUGGACGCCGGCUCGCUCACCAUGAGCAAGAAGAGGGAGUUCCCCACCACGCCGCACGUCAAGCUGGGCAGCUCCUUCACCAAGGUUCAGGAGUUUCUGUCCAGGUUCGAGAGCAUCCCGGACAUGUUGGAGCUGGACCACCUCACCGUGUCGGGAGACGUCACCUUUGGGAAGAACGUCUCUCUGAAGGGAACCGUCAUCAUCAUAGCCAAUCACGGUGACCGGAUCGAUAUUCCCGCCGGAGCGAUGCUGGAGAACAAGAUUGUUUCAGGAAACCUGCGGAUCCUCGACCACUGAGGCCUUCUGGGGAGAAAAAAACCUACAACACACAACACAAACAAGCCAUUUGCACCUUGAAGAGACUCAAAGAGAGAUGAUUUCCCUUCACUGAUGAACUGUCACAACACUGUUUGUUUUUAUCAGCCUGAUCACGUCCGAGCCCACUGUGGUUGUUGUUUUCUGCUGUCUAAUAAAGAAGUGCGAUAUGGGUCA